AUGCCACCGUAUGACCUUAACCGUCACAAGAAUGGCAUGAAUAUGGUUGUUUUAUGGCGACACAUGCCAUUCCUUGACUUCGGCUCUGAAUUAUUAAAGGAAGAAAUAUUCCUAAAGCACGCCAGGGACUCUACAAUGCUUAGCUUGCGUUACCAGAAUGAUCAGAAAAGCAAUCCGCAGUCACAGUCGUGUUAUGUUUUGUUGUUGCAGAUGCGAGGGGUUGGACGGCAGGAUAUAGCUGUUCUUCUGUUCGUUCUAUCGUGCGCAUGCGUAUAUGGUAUGAAAAUCGACUUUUCACGGCUACGGCAACUCAGGAAACCAUACAUACUUGAGAAAAAAUCUUCUUUAGCACCAGCAAACAGUUGUCCUCCUGACAGGCCGUUUUUAUGUAAAACAGCCGGGGCAUGUAUACCAUUGGAAUACAUCUGUAACCAUGUCAGGGACUGCCCCGAAGGCUUCGACGAGAACCCUCGUGUAUGCAACGCAAAAAACAGACCCUCCGUAGAGGAAAUAGAGGAUUUUCUGCUAAAGAACGAAAACUGGAUAAUCCCUAAAUUUUUUGACGGAGCAGACCCAGAACUGGUAGCCCACAGUCUUGCAACUGCAUCAGACUUGGAUGAUUUGAAGUUGAUGGUUGGGAUGAGCGAGAAUGCUGCAGAUAAUCUUCAUGAGGCGUUUGAAGCAGUGCUGCAGGGUGACGAACGACCUUUGAGAAAAUUAGGAAUGCCAGAGGAAGAAUGGUAUGACGUCAGCUACAUGCUUGACAAAUUCCGGACAGGAGGACUCAAAGUCUGA